AUGGACACUAGUCACGAAGAGGAUCCUACAUCGGAAAAUACGUCAACAUUAGUUUCACUUCCCGAUCUUACUACUGGGACUAAUCCAAAAUCGGUUCGUGAAUAUGAUGCAGUAGUUGGAGAACUUAAACGUGAAAAUUUCGAUUUAAAAUUACGCAUAUUUUUUCUCGAACAACAAAAUCCAUCUGAUAAUAGAAGCACAUCAUCAUCAUCAUCAUUAAUUCAACCAAAUUAUCGUCAAGCAUCGCACCAUGAACAUAUUGAUCAAGCAGCAACAUCUUACAAUGAAUCAGCAACAAAUACAGCCAAUCAAGUUCAUCUACGAUUACCGACAGACAGCCAUCAAUCAUUGACACAAACUACCAGUAAUCGAGGAAAUGAUGAAACUGAUGAGCUACAUGCAUUAAGAGCUGAACUUGAUCGGUUUCGUCAAGAAAAUGAGCGACUUCGUCAAAAAUUACUCCAAUUUUCUAAUGACCCAACAGGAACUUUAACUUCUCAGAAAAACAUUCAAACAACAAGAGCAACGUUCACAAAGUCAAUUAUAGAUAACAAUAUGCCUGUUAGUACAUAUACUUUGCAACUUUCUGAUCGUGAGAGAAAACUUCAAGAGCAAAUUAUUUCAUUAGAAAAGCAAAUUAAAUCACUACAAUCUGAGUUAUUUCAAAGCAGUAAUGAUUUAAAAGUUCUUCGCCAGAAAUAUGAAGCCGAAAGUCAACUCAAUCAAGAACAUAAAACAAAAGCUGAACGUGUAUUGAAACGUGUACAACAGGAUUAUGAAAAACAAAUUGCUCAUCUCGAAGCAGGUCAUAAACAAAAAUCAACUGCCUAUGAAUCAUAUCAGCAUGAGCAAGACCAAACAAGUUCCAAUGUCAAUGUUGAAGAAUACCGUCGAGAAAUUGAACAUCUACGCCGUACCAAUAAACAACUUGAAAAUCAAAUUCGAUUGAUGGCAUCAAGCCCACCAAGAACUCCUAUAGUUCAAAUUUUACCAGCAUUGGAUACCAAUUUGACUGCAGAAAAUUUUCAACGGUUAAACGAACAAAUUAAAUCAUAUGCUACACUUCAUGAAAGUCUACGUAAUGAAUGUGAAGAACUCCGACGAAGUGAACAGCAAUUACGACAAAAGAUUAAUGAUUUACUUCCUCUUUUGAAUGUACGACAGGAUAAACCAGAUACAUCCACAAGCGCGCGACAAACAUCACAGACUGUUACUGGUGUGUCGUCAAACGUUGAAAAUCCUCAUGCAGCUAUUGCUCAAGUGACAACACAAAUCCGAAGUUCCGCUGAAAGUAUAUCGACUUUAACGAAUAAUAUAACGAAACUGAAACGGGAUUAUGAAAAUAGUCAAGGCAUAAUACACGAAAAAGACACUUUAAUUCAAGAAUACAGAAUCCGUGAAUCUGAAAUUGAAAGACGAAUCCAAGGAAAAUAUGAUAUAAAAAUCGAAACACUUGAACAGGAUAAGAAUACUUUACGAAUACAAAUUCAAGAGCUUGAUCAUCAGCUAAAAGAUUUUGAGAAUCGACAUGAUCGAUCGAGAAUCGAUUUCCAAAAUGCUUAUCACGACAUGGAAAUAAAAUAUACUGAAGAAAAACAAAUUUUACAAGAACAAAAUCAAACAUUAAAUGAUGGUAUACAUAGUCUUCAAAUAGAAAUAACUGAGGAACAACAGAAAUAUAAUGUUCUACAAACAGAUUAUCAAAAAUUAGUAUGUAUUCGAUCAUAG